CGGGCGUCUAGGGAACACCGGACCCCUUUUCAGAUGUGGUCGGGGGUCGGGCGUUCUGGGAGCAAAUGACCCCCUUUCAUAAAUGCCCCGAGGGGGGCGGGCGUUCUGGGAACGCCGGACCCCCUUUCAUAAAUGACGCUCAACCUGCUGCUUCGUCCUCUCGGGCAUAUGGCAGAUCAAAAAUCUACAACAACAAACCAUGGGCUCUGGAUUGGGUUGGUGGUCUGCAUAGGCCUGGGUGUGGGGUCGUCAUCUUCUUGAGCGACGACAAUGGUGCGACGUGGUUAUGCUGUGGGGGUGUUGAGAAAUCUGAGAGCGCCAGGAAUACCUACGACGAGAGGACGUUCAGGACCUUCUUUCUUACAUCAGUUUUCGACAAGGAUGGGACAAAUUGGGUCAAGGAACACAAGAAGGUCGGCCUUGACUUGCGGCUCUUUCAAGGCUACGGCGUCAAGGCGUUCUCCAUGAAAGCGUUUGACGUGCGCGGGGACGGCACCGAGCUUCGCAUGCUGACUGCGAAACAGUUCCUCAGUAGAACAAACAGCUACCUCGUCACUGGCUGCCUUCCUGUCGUUGAAAGUUCCUUGGAACUCACCAAACCCUUGGUGAAAUUCAGCAGCCCGGCGGACCAACUGCCAGGCGUUGUUAAGGAGUAUAGGGAAGCCUUCUCGAGGCUGCCUCUGGACCAACAAGCCGACUGCGCUUUCGUGCCCUUUGCCACGAGCUCGAGGAAAUCGCGACAGACGCCAUCCGCGCCGGUUGGGAAGAGGAAACAGUUGGCUGCUUGUCCAGCUCCGCCUUUGCUAGCCGCGUCACCCUCGCCCUUGCCCACGGUGAGGGGAGGUCACGAUAUCGCUCAAUGUUCCAGCGAGGCUAUGGAGUACGAUGACAGAAAUUUGUACGGACGCAAUGUUGCGCGUGACAGUGCCCAGGAAGGUGCGACUGCCCUCACUGAGCAAAACGAGGAGGAAGAAGAUGGGGGAAGUUGCGGUCCACGUGAAAACGACGGUGAUGACGAGUAUACGGACAUUGGGGAUGAGAACAUGCAGGACCAAAAUAUGCUUGGCGAUGACGACGUCGGUGUCACGUCGGAGCAUGGCCCUGGCGACAUCCCCAUCGGUUCUGUGGGAGCGGUUGUUGGUCGACCCUUAUCGUUCCCUGCAAUAUGGCAUUCGCAAGGCGGGAGUCAGGGUGGGCACGACUCGCAGGAGCAUGGAGGAUCAAAGUCGAGGAAAAGGACAAGAGAAACUUCUCCUUCUGCUUCCGCUCACAAGAGACAAGCGAGGACUGACGUUGUUAAUGAGGCUCGUGGAGCUCUGGUGGCAUCCCAGGAGGCGAGACCUCCUCGGAAGAGCAGCCAGGGGGAAGAUCUGGUGGUUGUGGCGGCGGCCGUGGUGGCACAAGAAAAGUACGAUGAGCGGGGUUUUGCUAAGCAAAAAGUCCUUCCUGUUCUUGUGGACAUCAUGAAAAUCAAACGCAUUCCCCGCGGGAAUAUUCUUUUCAACCACCGCUCUUUGUCUGCGAACAUUGUGCGAGGCAUCGUGAAUGCCAUCGAGAGUUCCAUCACCACGGAACCGAGGGCGUGGGAUAGGCCUGAGCUCGUGCUUGCACCGGUUGACCGCAACGACAUUGUUGGCGAGCAGGGUAGGCGGAUAACACCGACCGAAUUCUUCGAAAGAGACUCCUCGGAGUUCGAUUGGUAUGCUGUUUGUGGUCAGCAUACGUUCGAGGCCAUGAAGACAUUGGUAAAAAAGGACUCUCCGACAGUCGACGUCUAUGGCCUUCCCGCGUACUCUAAGGUGCGGGUCGUCUAUUUUGGAGAUGCGCAGACUCGAGGGUAUUUCAAUGUCUCCGCCUUCGACAACACGCGCGAAAAUCGGGUCAUGAUGUUGUCCUUCAAGGAUGCUGUCCGUGAUAUGAGGCAAUGGUGGAUCGAAAACCAUCGAAUCGAGGCCCCGAAAGGCAAGGUCAAUGAUAAGGAUGCGGUCGCCGUUGCGCACCAAAAGAAGUGGCAUAAUUUCUUAAGGGCCUCCAUGGGGAAGGCAUGCGACAAGGCGUUUGUGAAGCAGGCGCUUGAGAAUGAGUACAGUAAGGAUUGGAGCAAUAAACUCUGUGGCUACAUGAACCUCGCCAUAUCCACCGAGGCUGUGUGGCCACUGGUCGAGAAGUUCUUCGAGAUGUUCAACGAGGGGAAGCUGCGAGCUGGCGAUGGUAAAAUACCGCUUGACAUGCCGGGUAGGAUGGAGGGGCGCCAGCCAGGCCUGUACACCGACGAGACGAAGGGGCAAAGAACAUUAUACCAUUGCAUAUACGCGAGAGAUGGUCCCAAAGGCUCCACCGUGUCGUGGAAGGAUCUCUGUCCUUCCUACUUUAAAAAUUUUGGGGAUUUGACGUGCCGCGAGAAGGAAGUUGCACUGCUCCUCCUCAUGAAAGGGGAGGUGGUCGCGACGAACGUCAAGGUUAUGCCUCCGAGAGUGAAUACGGAGUGCCUCCUCGACAUCAUGCGCAAGGAACGGUACAUGGUCCGUAUGUUCAACUACGUUGUUUUUCGCGCCGAGGGAAGGGUGGACGAUGAGUGGAAUGAUGCCUUCUUCAUGUCAUACAAGGACCUCAAAGACAGGUAUGGGCUGAACGGUCUGUGUGCAGCUGAAUGGGAGAAGGAACGGGACAAGCUGCAUGUCAGCAAAGUAAAGACAGUCCCUCGACGGCUUGGAGGGGUGGAGGAGGCAAGGCAAGGAUCAAGCUUGGGCCCUACGGCGGCAAUGUAUAAGGAGGCUCCGUUCCACUUUAAGGUGUUUGUAUACACCUCAAUCGAUAAGCUCGAUCUGCUUCCGGCGGAGGUCAAAAGGGUCGCCUCCAGCGCACGUCAUAUCGUGUCGGAUAAACUUAAAAAACAAACAACAUUGCUACCGGUGUGCAUGCCAUUGAAGGAAGUGCUAGCUGCGCCAGACGACAUCGUCGCUGCAGCGCAAAAAAUAACCUGCAGGGCCGUCAUCCUUGACAUCUCCCCCGCUAACUUCUGCACGACAUGGACCUCUCAAGAGUUCGACGCUCUGCACUCUAUGGUGACUAAGUGUUGUGGCGUUAAUGGGGUUCUUUUUGUCUUCACACCACAGAAGGUGCAAAGUGAUAUUCUGCGUUGCUCAUUCCAGUGGGAGGACAUCGAACUCAUCCUCGGGACCUGGAAACGGGUGGACAGGCCAUCGAAUGACAUCACGAGGUAUGGCAAUAUCGCUACGGCGAGUCGAGACAUGAUGGCCAUUGUCCUGCACGCGGAGGGAGGGGAUCUCAGAAAGGUCACGGUCGCACCCCGCCUUGUCAAUGACCUCACAAACGUGCAUGUUGUGGAGGACAAGUUCGGGAAGUGUCUGGGGAAACAUGGUGGCAUAGAGGGCGAUGAAAGUGUGGUGUAUUCCAUCUGGGAGCGAGAGCCUUGCAAGUUGCGUUCGUUUUGUGGGUCAUUCGUCGGGGAGGCAGAAGGUGUGCUUUUAUUGGGUAGGGCGCACGCGGGUCUUGUGUGGGAAUUCUUACUGGGAGGGAAUAAUGUCAUUGCAUGUGAUGAGUCGGCAAAGGACAUUGCAUACUUGACAAAGUUCAUCGAUAUACUUGUCAAGGACGACAGAUUCAACUGCCACAUCGAGAAACCACGAUGCAAACAUCGCCCGAACAGGGACAUGUUCCACAAGUUGGGGCCUAAGAGACUGAAGGUGUGGGAAUACUUCUUCCGCGAUAUGCCACAAGGACGGCUUGACGGGAAAUAUAUAUACAGGAAAGCAAAGGCAACAGAGACCCUCAAACAUUAUCACGGUGCUCUCACUGGCGCCUUUGAGACUUUUGUUGCUCGAUGCGAGAUCCUCAAGUUCGAUCUUCGCAAAGACAAAUUGAUGUCCAAGGACUACGCGGAACUCGCGAAAUCGGGCGAUGGCUUUAACCCCGUCGACAGCGAGGAAGAUUCUUCGGACUCCGACCUCGAACUGGGCGAGGACACAUGUGUUGAGGUUCCGCGCGGUGGAAUGGUGCAAGCUCACGAUGACGGAACUGUCCAUUCGCACGAAGGGUCCAUCCCGAUGGCCGCCCCAAGCGUCGCCUCAAUGGUGGCCCCGUCGGAGAGUGCUGCAUUGCAAGAUAUUGGAAGAUGCGGUGGCAAUGAAGAAGACGACAUAGAGAUAUCAGGCAAGGCGUCGACGCUCGCACCAGGCGAUGCAAUUCCUUCAGACUACUGUGCUGACCCGGACACGAUAUAUUUCUUGGAGGGCAAACACACUCACACAGGCGAGGAUCAGUGGGGCCAUGACAUCAUAUGGCAUGAGGGCGUUUUACAGCUGUGCAUCCAAGAUUGGGAGUGGAAGAUGGCGGUGAAAUACACAAGCGGUUGGAAGACUUUUCGCCGGAUGUCAAAGGACAUCUGGUUGAAAACGACGGAACUCGCAAUCCUGCAUCACGUGCGCGUCGAGAAUCCAGAGCAGAGCGAGGCCGCCAUCAAAGCCAAGGCCGAAGAAUUGUUUCAUGUCUUGCGCGACAAUCGGCAACUGGAGUACAGCAACAAAUUUUAUGCCCUGCGCUCCAGUUCCUCACGCGGGUCAAUCAACUGGAAGGUUGAUCAAACCACCAAAACCUUGGAGGGGAGCUGCUCUCAUGAUUUCAUGCCUUCGGCUGACCCGGCCUCUGUGGCCGUGCAAGCAGGGCACAGAGGAGAUGACGGGACUACUGCUGUCGGACCUCAAGAGGUUGACAUCACGUCUAAGCUGCAAAUAUCGAAAAAAUCCAUCUCGAUCGCCGCGGCACAAUCGUCCUCACCCAUUGAUGUGUCAACGACGUUGCCGCCGGAUGCUGGUGCCACGUACGGGAGUUUAUUGAUAAUAAAUGCUGCAAUGCAAGGCAGAUCCGAGAUCGAGUCAGAGUUUGAUGUUGGGCCGAGCGUGGCCGAGAGUCAGUUGCAACUGUCUUUAUGCACUGGCAAAGGUGAUGCACAAUCACCGCUGACAUCACAGGGAGGGGCCGGUGGGGAUGGCGGGAAGGGAGGGGAUGUGGAGGGAAUGCACCGUUCUCGUAACCUCGACACCUUAACCGCUGAUAUUGAUUAAAAGGGUGAGGGUGGGUGAGGCGGGAGGGGUGCAAGUGGAGGAAGAGAAUCCAGUGAUAUGAUUACAACGUCACCUCUGCCUUGUUGAACGAAAUUGUGUAAUUGACUUGGUUCGUUGUUUUGUUUAAAACAGAAUUCGUAUUAGUCUCCGUAGGCACCACUUCUACAUCGUUUUUCUAUUUAUGUAUAUUUUUUUUUUCACCUCAAAUUUUUAAUAGACCUGAGAUGUUUAGAUUGAGUGCCCGUCUCGACUUGCAGUAACAAAUCGUGGUGGGAUCG